UUCUCUGAGGGGUCUACUUUUUUACAACAGUGAAGGUAGAUGGUACCUACCAUCUCUAAUUUCAUGCCAGAAAAUGAAGCAUAUAUUUUAAUUUGUAAAUACAGAAUUUUCAGAGUUCUUUGGCCUAUUUCUCUCCAGGAAUGUUGGUACAUGCUGUUCCUGAACAUCAGUGAAACCACCUUUAAUGAGAUGUCUUUGGCCCAGCUGGCAUUCCUGACUUGGAUCCAAAAUGAUAUUGAAGAAAGUCUUUUGUGGACUUUAUUUUAAUCAAAUAAAUGUGGCAAAUAAAACAAUAUUGUUAUAGGAUGAUAAUAAAUAACUAUAUUAUUUUGCAGAUACUUGGCAAAUGCAUUAUAGGAAUGGCCCACAUAGUAAAUUAUAAUAAAAAGAGUAUAAAAUAGAAAUAUAUUUCCUGGCCACCCCUCUAAAUGGUAGUAAGAAGCAGAUGAAAUUUAUCUUUGUGCAAAUACUCUGAAAAGUAAAAUAUUACUAAUUUAAAUAAGUAAUAAAAAAUUUCUAGGAAUAGUUCAUAUACAUUGGGUCAUAUUUAGAUUUUGUUCAAUAUAUCAUCAUAAGCUCUAUCCUAAGUCAAAACUUGCCUUCAGACCCCACUAUACAACCAACCACACUUUAGUCUUUUGGCAGGCACUGUGGUAACUUCUCAAUUUCUGGGCCCACUUCAGCUGGUAAAUAAGCCAGUUCCUUUCCAUCUCUGGGAGGAGCUCCCUCCUUCCCUGGCACUAGGUGUCAUUGAUUCAGGGGUAAGCACAGGACUCAAGCCAAGACAAUGAGAAUAGAGAACAGAAAUUGGAAAAGUAGCUUCCUUGCUCUUCUGAGAAUGCUUCUGGAAUCACUUUUCUUUGUCUCUCUCUGUCAUGGACAAGGACUUCUGUAGCCUCUGGUGUUGUUGGCAGCCAGUUUGUAUCUAUAUAGGCCAGAUGACACCCCAGAAUGUAGGAUGGUGAGGCAAAAAAAAGUGGGCAUUUGAUGACUUUGUUAGUCAUUGAACCAAGACUCUCAUGAGUCAGUAUAUCCACUUUAUUGUAAAUAUCAAUGUAAAUUGGGUGUUUGGUUACUUACCACCGAGCACAUUCUAACAAAUGAAAUUCCUUUCUUCAACAAACAUCUACUAAGUGCUAAACUUUGGUAUACAAAGAUAGUUAAAACAUCUUCCAUGCCCUCAGAGAAGUUACAGUCUGGUAGGAAAAGCCAACAAGAAAAUACCAAGGUUGGGUGGAUAUAGCCAGAGUGGUCCAUCACAGGUGUAGGAGAUAAGGGGGUGCAUUGUUUCCAAAUUAUUUAGAAUAUGAUAAUAAUAGAGAUUUGAAAUUUGCAUACUUUUUAUUAUCACCAUGCAUGCCAAUUCUAAACAAUGCCAGUGAUAAAAAUACUCCUCCCUGCCAGGGUGGACCAUGCCACUCCCUUCAGGUCCCCAGCCCUUGUAACCACAAUGGUUGUUAAAUAACUAUCUAUAAAUCACACUAAACAUCUUUGACCUUGAAGUUCACCUUUAGGGAGAAAUAAACUCCCUAAAGUAUGCUGUUCUUUGAUCAUACUGGGAACCAAAAUCUUGACUACAAUAAUGGAGUUGAGCUAUCUAGAUUUUAUAAUGUUGGCAACAGAGAGUAUAUAAUUCAGUGCUAUGUGAAGGCAACUUCAUAACUUACUGAGAGUAUAUGAAGAUACAUAAGAGAAUAAGGAAUAUAAUAUACCACAAGGUAUUAAUACUGUAAAGUGGGAGUUGAUAUGAACUUUCAAUUUGCCCUUACUGAGAAACUGAUGACACCUCUCAGUCAGGUGUGCAUAACAGACUCUAACGACUCCAAAUGACUCUAGAAGUUUCUACUAAAGUAAUUUAAUUUACUGAUGCUCUUCUGUGCAUCUACCUUUCCAGGUGUAAUUGAGGAGUCCUUACCGGAAGGUCACUUUACUAUAUCAGUGUUUUUCACUCUCAGUUUUUGAUGAAAUACUUGCUUUAAGAUUGCUUUAAGUGUAGUCUUUAUCCAUUGUAGUAUGAGAGACAGUUGCUUCACCAUUAUUGUUUGCUUGGCUGUUUCCUGCCUGAUGGAUGCAGAGUACACUGCAGUGUAGGGACAGGUAAUGUGUAGUGGGAGUUCUGAAGCUGGUGAAGUCAGUCCUCACUGGGCAAAAGAGCAUAUGUGGUUCCUGAGAGAUGAGAAAUAUUUGUGUAGAAAAUCUUUAAGAAAGGGAAGGCAUUGAAAGCUUAGGAAAUAGUUUAAGAAAAAAACACAAGAGCAUAAAAAAUGUGUAUUCAGUAAAGACAGUGAAAAAGCAGCAAGUCCAAAAUAUGAGUGUGUAGCGGCAUAUGGUGGGGUAAAGAAAUCUGUUCUAUCACAGCAGAAAGAUGACUACGUAGCAGAAAGAAGAUGCAUCUAGAACUUCAUGCUAACCACUUAGGACCUUAUUUGUUAAAUAAUAAGAACCCAUUUUUUUUAAGUAUGAGCACAGAAAUGAUGUAAUUCUGUUUUUCAGAUUUUUAUUAUAUAGUAUUUGAACAUUCAGAAAUCUAUUUCAAAUAUGUCAUGAAUAAUAUGAUUAGUAUCCACGAAAUUGUUGCCCAACUUAAAGAACUAAAAUAAUUCUAAUACCAUUGUGCCUUUCUUCUGCUUCUCCUCUAACCUGCUCUUUACUUCCUGCUCAAAGUAACCUACUAUAAUGAAUUUUGUUUUAUCAUUUAUUUGCUAUUUAUAAACAAAAAAGUGUGUCACAUAUAUAUCAUAAACAAUAUGCAUAUUGCUUGGUUUUCCUUGGUUUUACACUUCAUAAAAACCAUAUCACAUAUAGCCUUCAUGAUGUACUUUUUCUAUGAAUAUUAUUUUUAAGGAGCAUCCAUAUAUAAUUGUUAUUGUAGCUAUAGUUCACUCAUUUUUUCAAUGUAUAACAUGCCAAUAUGAAUAUAUCACAUUUAUUUACCCAAACUCCUACUAAUAGAUUUUUUCCUUUUUUGUUAUAACAAGCAAUAUAUCCUGGCAUGCAUGAACAGAAGUUUCUCGAGUAUGUACCUAGGAGAAGAAUUGCUGGGAGUUAAGUUUAUAAAGGUUCUGUUUUACAAAAUAGUAACCAAUUUUUUUCUAAAGAGGUUAAACCAAUUUAAACCCCCAUCAGCAUUGAGCCUCAAGAACAGCAGUAUUUUGUAUAGUCAGACUUCUUGUCUUUUUGCUAAAUAAGAAAACAAUAGAAUAUUUAUCAUUGUAGUAUUAAUUUCUAUAUCUCCAAUUACUAAUGAAAUUUUAAAAAUAUAUUUGUGUGCUAUUAUUUCUUUUCUUGUAAGAUAUGUCUGUUUUUAUCUUUUGCCCAUUUUUCCAUUGAAAUGUUUUUGUAGUUAUAGAACUAUUUCACUUUUCUAUAUUUUAAAUCAGUUUUGGUAAUAAUAUGUUUCUCUUUAUUUUGUCUAAAUCUCUGAUAUAUUGGUAGUUUAUGUUCUCAUUUAUAUCCCAAGUAUUUUCUAUUUGUGUCUUCUCUCUUUUUCUGUUAAUCAAUCUGGGCACCAUUUUAUCUAUUUAAACAGUUUUUACAAAGAAACAACUUUGGCUGUGUUGACCAUCUAUUUUAAUCUGUUUCUUAUUCCAGUGGUUUUUUGAAAAACUCAUCUUUAUUACCUCUGUUAUUCUGCUUUAGUAGGACUUCUUCUGUUUUUCUAACUUCUUAAUUUGAUGGCUUAGCUACAAACAUUUAAGACUGCAAAAUUUUAUUGAGUAUUAUUUCAAUAUAACAUUAUUGUUCAGCUGAAAUAUUUUCAAUUUCCACUAAAAAGGUUUUGAUUUAUGAGUUAUUCAACACUAUAUGUGUGCCUAAUUUCCAAUUAUGGGGGGAUUUUUAAAUUAAUCCUUUAAUUAUUAACUUCUAAUUUAUUUGAAUUGCAGUCAGAGAAAAUGGCCUAUGAGUACCAAUGGCUUACUAUGUGAAUAAUUUUUUAAAUGCCUCAUGUUUCUUGAUAAGAAUGCAAUAUCACUAGUUGUGUGCAGGAGUCAAUAAAUCAAGCUGGUUAAUGGUAUUGAUCAAAUCUUUCAUAUAGUCAUCAUUUUUAUCUGCUUCAUCUAUUAAUAAUUGAAAGGGUUGUAUUUGGAAUCUUUCAUUAUAAUAAGAGAUUUCUAUUUGUAGUGCUAGCAAUUUUAAAAUAUAUUUUCAUGUUAUUUUAUUAGAUUAAUGUAAGUUUGCAACUAUUAUUAUAGAUCUCUCAUGAAUUAAACCUUUUUAUUAGUUUGUAGUGUCCAUUCCUAUUCUCAAAGGCUUUUUGUCUUUAAGAAUACUUUUUAUUCCUCAGCUUUUCCUUGGUUAAUACUUACCUGUUAAACCUUGUCUAUCCUUUUAUUUUUAAUUUUCUGUUUUCUUAUAGGCAUAUCUUUUUUUCUUUUUUUUUUCUGAGACAGAGUUACACUCUUGUUGCCCAGGCUGGAGUGCAGUGGCAUGAUCACGGCUCACUGCAACCUCCACCUCCCGAGUUCAAGCGAUUCUCCUGCAUCAGCCUCCCAAGUGGCUGGGAUUACAGGCACUGACCACCACGCCCGGCUAAUUUUGUAUUUUUAGUAGAACAGGGUUUCUCCAUGUUGGUGAGGCUGGUCUUGAACUCCUGACCUCGUGAUCCGCCUGCCUCGGCCUCCCAAAGUGCUGGGAUUACAGGCGUGAACCACCACACCCGGCCAGACAUACCAUUUAUACACAGUAAAUGUCUGAUUUUGUUUUUAUAUUCAAUCAAAUAAUCUCUGAUUUUUUUAUUGGCAAUUUAAGAUCAUUUACAUUUAUUUUAAUUGCUAAUAUACUUGGACUUAUUUGUGUAAUUUUGCUUUAUAAUUUCUCUGCCUCUUUUUUUUUCUCUUUUUGUCCCUUUACAUUUUGAAUUAGUGAAAACUAUUUUUUGUCUUAUUCCAUUGUUUUCUAUCAACUGGUGUGGAAGUUAUCUUUAUGAAUUUGGUGGUUGCCCUAGAAGUUUUAAUAUGCAUAUUUAAUAAAGUCUGAUAUUCCUCAAUAUAUUAAUUCUACUCUAAAACCAUACAAAACCUUGAAACAUGUAAUGUAGAUUGUUGCUCACCCCCUCUCCUAACAUUUACAUUAUUCUCUAUUUGUUUUAAUUCCCUAAACUAGACACGAUUAUGAUUAUCUAUGUAGACACUGUUUAUUAUGAUUUAUUUGUUUAUUAAACAGUUUCUUCUCACUGUUGCUUCUUGCCUUUCAUACUAUUCUUUUGAGAUCAUUUUCCUUCUAUGAAGUAUAUAACUUCAGUAUUUCCAUAGUGAUUGCCUAUUAGAAACUCCAUUUUGUUGUUUGCUUAUUUUUAAUGUAAAUGCCUCUAUUUUAUCCUCAUUCUUAAAAGAUGGCUUUGAUAUUUAUGUUUAAAACUAUUUUUUUCUCAGCAAUUUGAAGAUAUUCUAUUGGCUUAUGAUUCCCUUGUUGUUGAGAAUCUUACUAUCAUAUUUUCAUCCUUUUUAGCUGUUCGGUUUUUUUCUCUCUGUUAUGUUGAAAACCAUCUAUUUAUCUUGGUGUUCUGCAGUUUUACUGGGUAUGUGUAGCUGUAGAAUUCUGAAAAUUUAUUCUACUGACGUAUAGUGUGGUUCCAUUAUCUAUCUGUGGAUGCAUGUUUUUCAUCAGUUCUGGAAAUUUUUUAAUUAAUUAUUGAACUUAAAUAUCAUAUCUCCUCUGUUAUCUCUAGUCUGUCUUACUGGCACUUGAAUUGUAUAUUUAUGAUUAAUAUCCUCAUAUUAUUCUUCAUAUCUCUUAACUCUCUCUAAUAAUUCUCAUUUUCUUAUGUCUACAUUAUGGUAUCAGAUCUAAGUCUUCACCUUUGUCUAAUCUCCUGAGUCAGAUGAAUUGUUGUGGUUAGAAAAGGAGAAGUAAGGGAUGAUUUAGAAAGUGGUAAAGUCAUUUCAAAGGUAAAGGAGACAAAUUAAAUUCCUCUAUUAGAUAACUUACAUUAAAACUGUUAUUAUUAUUGUUCUGUUGGUUGUGAAAUAUCUAUAAAAUUCAUGCUGUGCAACUGAUUUGUUCACUUAAAAGAAAUUUAAGUGCCCUUCCAAGUAUUAUAUGAGGACAUUAAUUUUUCUUUUUAAAAGACAAAUAAAAUGAGAUCUUUAUUAAGUUUCAAAGUUUAGUUAAGAGACUUGAAAGUUAAUGCAGUAACAUGCAUUUGCAAUCUUACUGCAUUGAUUUAUUUGACAUAGAAUCAUCUUCCAAGCCCUUUCAAGCCUUUUUUCUCACAUCUAUGAUAGGGCAUGCAUGACCUAACCAAAGAUCAGCAUCAUGUUGCGUGAGCAUGUGAUUUGUUGUUUUCUAAAAAAGUCAUAAGUUCAACAAAUACAGCUGAAUUCUUUUGCUAUUGAACAAAUUUAUUUUAUUGACUUGCUUCAGAAAUAUGUGACAAUGGAGCCGCUGUCCCACUCUUCUUAGCAAUGACAAAUUGGUCAUACACUUCAAUUAAUAAUAUCUGGUAAAUAGCCCUGAGGCACUUGUUUGUAAAAAUUAGUAUUCCAUGUUAUACACUAAUUAAAAAUACAGAGCUGCCAUUAUGAAGUAUGUUUUUAAAGCUCAACAUAUUAUGUGUAAUAGCCCUUAAGUUUGCUAUGUCUUUGCAGUCUGCCUUUCCCACAGAUUCAAUCUCUUUUUUCAUUUUAUAGAAAAAUUGGGUUAGUACAUAUAAUUUGAUCUCACAGAGGUGUUGAAAAUGCAUGCAUUCUAUGUAUCUAAUAAUAUAUUGUGAUAACAUUCAGAUUAAAGAGAUAAUUCUUUUGUGCCCUAUGUUGCUGCCCUUUUUCCCUCUCUUUCUGCUUUUCUUUCUUCCCCUUCCCCAUAUUGUACCUCCAACCCACUAAAUUCCGAUGAUUUAAAGCAUUGUGUCGACAUUUUUCCCUUUUAUAAUGAGUUCAGCUUUUGCCACUGUCAGUGUGUGGGGCUUAUAUGUAAAAUGACUUGAUUAUUCAUGGUGAUAAAGGGGGAGAGCAUUGUGGGAAGGAGAGUCUCCAGUACUCUUAGAGCAGGCAGCCAAGAUGUUGGGGUUGGAAGGCUGUCUGACCCUUGAUGCCACCUUUGAAGACUUAAAAUUCUACCAAUUGCAAUUUAUUCUUUGGAUUAGGGCAUUGCCCCUUAUCAAAAUGCAAAUCCUUCAAGGCCAGAAAAUGCCUAAGCUGCUAUCAUUCAUUAACAUCAUACAACUAAUUCAUGUAUUGGAAUCAUUCCAGCAGAAUUAGGCUGACAGCAAUUUUUAAGAAAAAUUAGACAGAUACAGCUUGAAAGAGAUUCAGAACUAGAUGAGGUCACUAAACAUCCAGAGAGCAGCAGAAGGCCAUUGUAGACAGAGAAGAGGGAGAGGAAAAACAACUAGAGGUUAAAGAGGCUCAAGAGAAACUCAUCUAAUUCACAGUUUUGCCCAACCUUGGUCCUAAGUGUGAUUUUAUGUUUAAGUGAAGAAAGCAAACAUCCACAUGAAUACCGUGUGAGUCUAGCCCAGGGAACAUAGUUUCCUGCGGAAUUUCAUCUGGGAUCACUAUAUACACAAUAGUCAUGGAGAAUGGGAAGUACCUACAGAAAUUAACUUGUAGAUGAUCAAAAGUAUGAAGGCGUCAGAAUGGGCUAGAGGUUGUUUAUUGCAUUUGCAAAAUUUCAAAACAAAUGUGUAAUUCUGAUCAUGACUAUUAAAACUGAGCAGAGCUGGUCAAAAGUCUCAUUUCAGGCCAAUGGUUAAGUAUUUAUUUCACCAAAUUUUAAUUAUAUAUGUCUGCAUAUGCUCUCUUUUCCUCUUCUUACAUUUAGUAAGCAUUUCUAGUAUCCAUAUUUGUACGAAGUUUACUGCCAGCAUUCUGGGGAAUACGAAGAAUAAGAAAUACAAAAAAGCUGUUUCCAAGUAGCUACUACAAAGCUGCAAGAAGAAAAUAAAACAAUAACUAUAAUGCAAGUUAGACUAUGAUAUGAGCUCUCUGGGAAGCACAGAUGUAGCACAAUGAGAUAUGUGGGGAGUGUUAAACAAUGCUCGAUGCCACCAUUAUAAAUAACUUAUUCAGCCAUUGCUAUAAAGAUUGGCAGUUGGGGGUGACAAUUACUCUCAUGCAGAUCACCUAAGGCAAGCCAUCAGUUAUCCACCGAGAUGAGCGAUAACUUGCAAAUCCUGGGAUUCAUCAUUGAUGAAAAGAAUUUCUGUUCCCCAUUUCACUAGAAGUUUCCACAGAUUCAUUAAAUCUUCAAGGAAGAAAAUGGAAAUUAAAAUAUCUCUUGAAGCUUUUCCUGAGAUUAUUCUUUUCAGGUCAGGAUCUCUCCUUGUCAUGGUAAAGUAGGAUUGGGGGUUGAGAGAUCUCGCAGUCCUGUAGGGACUUUUGAGCUGAGGUAUCAGAAGGCACCAAGUCAAAAGGAAGGUUCAAAGUGGGCAACUAUGUGGAAGUGCAUGACUCGGAAUGUCAGGCAAAACUUAAUGGACCACAGAUUAGAAGAAGCCAGAGGCAGGUAUUGAAGUCAAAGUAUAAUGCCUAACUGAAGAAUUCUGUUAGUCACGUUGAACAAUGAAUUUUAGUGUUUGAGACUUGCUUUUAAGGAGUCUGUGGGAGAAAGGCCACAGACUAAGUAGAUAUUGCCAGACAAGCCAGUCUUCCUUGGACAAAUCAGCAUCUCUGUCCUUGUGUUCUCACACUGCUCAAUAAUAAGUGAUGAGAAUCAUUCUCGCAGUCAUUCAUGCCACACACAUUUAUUAAGCAACUACUAUGUUCCAGGCUCCAUGCUGAGUGUGCACAGAGAUUCAAGUAGAAGUAGUUGGUACUCCAGAAUGUAGAGUCCAAAGACACCUAUAAAUAAAAAACAGACAAGCCAGGCAUAGCUAAGAUGCAUGUAUUUUUGUGAGGCUGGCCAAGGGUUGGCCUUAGAACUAGCUUCAACUUUUAAAUAGUCAUGACUAAGCAUCCCACACAUGUCAUAUGAUUAAUCAUGAAAGUCCUUUGGUUCACAACCUUUUCAUAGACAGAUAUUGUGUAACAAGUUAACCUUAAGGACACAUGCCUUAAAGGACUAUUGAGCAAAAAAAAAAAACUAAGCUCUUUCCAGGUAACACUCAGGGAACUUUUGCAGUGUCAUAUCCCUUCUCUGGUACCUAUGUGUCCGAUCUUCCUGCCCAUCUGUUUCUUUCACUCAAAGUCCCAGAAUCCUAUGCCACGGGCAGGAUUUUCACCUCUCAAUAUAGACCCAUGUACCUUACCCCAUGUUCCAACUGACUUCCUGAGAAAUAGAUCAUUGUCCUUGUAUUUCAUAAGAGACAACAAACAUUGAUUUUGUUGUUAACAUAUGUGAGGCUUCGUUCAUCCAAUAGACUAUAUAUUUUAAUCACCAAUAAGUAUCCUAAAAUUUCAGAUGCUAAUGCCCUGAGGGAUCAACUUUUAAUCAAUUAUUGACUACAGUUUGAGGGGUGCUAUGUCCAGAUUAAAUGCAGUAUGAUUUAUCCUAUGGGCUACGCAGCUUGCUCCUGGCACGGGCACCUUGAAUCUCCUCCUCACACAGAUGGAGACCAUGCUUGAUUUCCUGAACUUGUAGUAAGAAGAAGGAAAACACAGCACGCUGGAGCCAACAGAGUUAAGAGGAAGAUUUAUGAGUCAUGGAACCCUCCAUCAGAUUUGGAAGAAAGUAGAAUGAGCGCAGAGGUGACAGACAGCCACUGAGGCCCAUGGACAAUCUCCACCUCACGCUUCUCUAUCAAACUUGAAGAUUUAUUAGUAAUAUGCUGCCUUUGGAAGAUGAAAACAAACUAGUGCCAAGGAGGCGUAUUCUUCAAUAUUUGGAAUAGACGUGUUCUCAAGACAAUGGCUUCAAAGGUCUCCUGUUUGUAUGUUUUGACAGUUGUGUGCUGGGCCAGCGCUCUCUGGUACUUGAGUAUAACUCGCCCUACUUCUUCUUACACUGGCUCCAAACCAUUCAGCCACCUAACAGUCGCCAGGAAAAACUUCACCUUUGGCAACAUAAGAACUCGACCUAUCAACCCACAUUCUUUUGAAUUUCUUAUCAACGAGCCCAAUAAAUGUGAGAAAAACAUUCCUUUUCUUGUUAUCCUCAUCAGCACCACUCACAAGGAAUUCGAUGCCCGUCAGGCAAUCAGAGAGACGUGGGGGGAUGAGAACAACUUUAAGGGGAUCAAGAUAGCCACCCUGUUCCUCCUGGGCAAGAAUGCUGAUCCUGUUCUCAAUCAGAUGGUGGAGCAAGAGAGCCAAAUCUUCCAUGAUAUCAUCGUGGAGGACUUUAUUGACUCCUACCAUAACCUUACCCUCAAAACAUUAAUGGGGAUGAGAUGGGUGGCCACUUUUUGUUCAAAAGCCAAGUAUGUCAUGAAAACAGACAGCGACAUUUUUGUAAACAUGGACAAUCUUAUUUAUAAAUUACUGAAACCCUCCACCAAGCCACGACGAAGGUAUUUUACUGGCUAUGUCAUUAAUGGAGGACCGAUUCGGGACGUCCGCAGUAAGUGGUAUAUGCCCAGGGAUUUGUACCCAGACAGUAACUACCCACCUUUCUGUUCGGGGACUGGCUACAUCUUUUCAGCCGAUGUGGCUGAACUCAUUUACAAGACCUCACUCCACACAAGGCUGCUUCACCUUGAAGACGUAUAUGUGGGACUGUGUCUUCGAAAGCUGGGCAUCCAUCCUUUCCAGAACAGUGGCUUCAAUCACUGGAAAAUGGCCUACAGUUUGUGUAGGUAUCGCCGAGUUAUCACCGUGCAUCAGAUCUCUCCAGAAGAAAUGCACAGAAUCUGGAAUGACAUGUCAAGCAAGAAACAUCUCAGAUGUUAGGAUUUUUACCAAUGUAAAUAUGUUUCUUUUCUUUUUUUAAGAAAUGGGACCUAAGGUGUUGGUAUUUUCCAGGUGUCGGGGGAAAUGAACUGGUGAAGGGGUUUUGUAAAGUUUUUGCUUCCUGCUAUAAGUUCUUUUCUUGGAUUACCAAUUUAUGAAUGUUAGACUCUGGUCAUAGAAACAAUAAAUGAGUUAGAAGGGCCAGAUUUCAUUCUCAGUCCCAGAGCAUUGCUAUUUAUCUCAAAAAGUGACUUCCAAACAACUCUUAGGAUUGACGUACUGUGCAUCUGAGAUAAAAAUUUGGUUCUGGGAAACUGAAACUCACAGUAAUGUGUCAUAUCAUCCCUGCAAAAAUUAAUACACAAAUAGAAACCAUUUUCAAAAGCAAUUCAGAAAGGAUGCACAGUCAGGAAGACACACUGGAUGUGAUUAUUAAUAUCGUGUGUGUUGUUACAUUAUAUUUUUACAUAUAUUCCCAUAUAAUGUGUACAGUAUUUGCAGUUCCACCAAGAAAUGAACUUGGUACCUGCAGAGUGGCUGCAGUUAAAUAGAUGGGAGUUUAAAUUUGAGAAUCAAACAUUCUAUGUGUUUGGAAGACAACUCUGCUUGCUCGUCCAAGGAUUAAAUCUGGUCAGCAGGUGGAAUGUGUAUAAAAUGCUACUUAACAAAGUAAACAAAAGAUUUUUUUUUCUUUUUUUUUUUCUUUCUUUUUUGUUUUGCUCUUUCAGAACAAACAUUAAAUGGUGCCUCCAAGGAAACUUUGCCAAAUGUAAUCUCACCUGCUUCCUUCCAGACAGUGUCGCUAAGUGCAUUUCACAGUUUUUGGAUCUGGAAGGCAUAUGUCUCUAUGUAGAAAAUAAGUUGGUUGGAGGCCAGAGAACAAUAAAUCACAUUGAGAAAAUACAAAUUUAAGUAUGCAUUAUAAUUAACAUAAGCUUAGCAAUAGUAUAAGAUGCCCCCACACACAGACAUUUGCAAAGCACAUGAGAAAAUCUUUAAGGGUGUCAAUAUUAUUGAAAGACUUGGCCCUACUUGCUAACAUCUGAAAACACCAGAGCAUGUUCAGCAGCAAUGCUGUUAUGAGGUAUUCUGGGGGCUCUGUGAUUGAGGAAGGAUGGGGAAGGCCAGGUUCGGGUCCCGUUGAUGCCACCAUACUUAUUGGGCCAUAUGAGUAGGCAUCGUAAUCUUGUGCUUCAAUGUGUUCAUUUAUAAAAAUGGCUGUAAAAAACACCUACCUCACAGGUGCUGUGAGAGCAAAUUGCAUUUGCUAAGUAUUUUGAGAUCCUUAGCUUAAAAGGUGCUACGUAAUGCAAUGUAUCAUGCAUUAUGCUAAAUGCUAAAAUAAUUGCAUAAUUACAAUGAUGGUCAUCAGUAGCAGUAAUAUCAUCUUAAUAUAAAAUCUGCUGAAAUAAAGAUCAGCUGUGAACUAUCACUGCACCUAAUUCUACCAAGGCUUGACUUUUCCUUGGCUGUAAUUUAGGUGUUUGGGAAGGCUUCCAUUUCUCUGAGAUUUCUUCUGGUUUCAAUGAAUAAGUGACUAGGUCAGUGUGUUGCCUUGAUAUCCCAAGGUGCUGAAAGUAGAGGCAGCUGCCUUUCUUUGGGAAGGAACCUCUGGUUGGGGGUAUAUUACAGUAAAUGAAGCAUAUACUUUGCAAAAUGCAUCACGACAACUUAGAUCUCAGGAACCACUGAAUCUGAAUUCUCUCUAAGAACUUUGAGCGCAGGUAAAGCUAGUUCACCUCUUUCAGAAGCAGCAGAAUAGGCAGUCAGCAAACCUGCACAUUGCACAUCUUCUACCAUUUAUUAGAAAACACCUGUUUGUUCUCAAAGAAAGCCCCACAGCUGAAAGAGUGUACCUUUUUUAUUUAUUUACUUAUUUUUUAACCUGACCCCUGGAGCCCCCCGUAGGAGUUGAUAGCAAACAGAUAGACACAAUGAAUAAGUGGAAGUCAUGGCUUGUUUCUGCAAAACACGAUCUCUCAUCCCCCACCCUAAAGGACCUGAUAUGAGACAAGACUUCCCAUCCCUUAACACAUCUUCAUCUUAUGGUCAGCAGGACUGCUGGUUUUGAUUAGACAAUAGCAAUUAGGUAACCUGGGGAGAGAUGGAUCAGCACAAGGUGAACCACCCUCCAACCAACCUGCAGCCUCAACUGCUGUGAGUUCCAAUCACUGGGAAAGUCUCAUGACUUCUUACUUGGUUUACCUUCGAGUUGUGCAGCUGAAUCAAGCCUCUGUCUCAUACUAUUGCCUUGCAUCUACCCCAUGCUCAGUCAAACCACCUCUGGUGUCAAGAAAUUACACAUUAUAAACAUCAUAUAUGUACACCUAUGAAUCGUUUUAUAUGUGUGUGCAUACAUUAUGAUACAGCCCUGAUCUUUAAAAGGAGCAAAAAUCAGAGAAUCAUAUGUCUUAAAGAACUAUUUCCUUACUUUUUUAUGCUAGGUAAUGCCCAUGUGACAAACAUGUAAAUAUUCAUCAAAGACCACAUGUAUAUAUUUUAAAGGCAUUUUUUCUUCUCCCCAACUGUAUGUAUAGCUAGAAUCUGCUUGCUGUGUAACCUUUUCUUCUGCAUGGAGCUUUUGGUGAAGCAAGGCCAUUUGUCCAGUGUUUCAUAGCCUUAAGCAUGUUUGCCCUUCGUUUUUUGAAUGUUCAAAAAAUGUUUAAGUGAUCAAGAAAAAGCUCUAACUUUCGACUUUUGUUAAUUUUAUGACAUGACACUGGCCAAAAUAUUGUUUCAAUUACUGUUGAGCCAUUCUUAUCAUUUCCCUGACAUAAAAUAUGCAAUGUUUUAGACAGUAUUCUACCAAGAGUCUCUCAGACAAUUUUUACAAAAACUCUUUUUUUCCAUUAUGCACUGGAUAAUAACAGUAUCAGUGUCUAUGUUCUUAAAGUUCCUUUUUUUAAUUUACUUUUUGGAAAAACGUUUCUCUUUGGUGGCUAGUUUCGGUGGCUUGGUGUCUUCUUAUAUUGGAACAAGUGUCCAUUUCAAUAUAUAAUAUUGUAUUUUUAAAUAACCAGAAUCAACAAAAUGAAGAUCACUUUUAAUUUGGAUUCAAUUCAGAAGAAUAAAACCCCUUUGCGUGACACGAUAUGGGGAAAAUAAACUAUUUACAGAGGAGCCAAGGAAGAAGUUUUUCAAUCAAAUCUCUUCUAUCAAAAGACAAUGGAAUAUUUACCUAAAGCAUCUGGGAUUCAUUUUUUACCUUUCCUAAUAUGUGGGUUUAGUGGGAGAAUUGAUUAUGUCAUUUCUUCUGUAAAGGUGAAAAUAGUUUUUAUAAACAACAAAGUAACUUGUGAAUGAAAGAAGUAAUUUACUAGAACAACGCUUGUUGAUGAUAAUUGACAUUUAGGUAUAACGUUAUAUAUGAAUGAUUGUAUUUAUGUAUUUAUUUGUCAAAAUUGUACAUACUGUUUCGCCAAAAGUAAUUGUCUGUAAAAGUGCACUCUCCAGGUUUGUAGUACUAUUUAGGGUUACAUGGGUUGCCAAUCAAGCUGCUAAUCAGAAUACUAUUUUUUUGUAUCAAUGUUAUAAAACUAAAAAUGACAGACACUGAAGAUAUCUUUACAUUUUCUUCACCUUCCUCUUGAAAUGUAAACUGUUGACUGAAAGCGCGAUGCUUAUGUACAGGCCCAUCUGUCAUGAGGAAGAUUAUGGUUCCAUAAAGCUGAUUUUUUUAAACCAUUGGGACAAAUAAACAGAAGGAGAACAAA